GUCGAAAUUGGGAAAUCCCCAGACACAACGAAAUUGAAAUCGACGGGAAGAUGUUUGGGUCGCGCGGCAUGUCGCGGCAUUCGGACGUGUUGGAUUGCCCUGUCCCCACCGAACCCAGGGAGAUUGCGUCCCUUGUCGAUGAACUCAAGCGUCGAGGCAACCAAGCGUUCUCCAAGGGCAUCAUGGAAGAAGCGGAAGUGCUGUACUCGCGCGCCAUCGAAGUCACCCAGUCUGACGUCCACAUUCUCCACAGCAACCGAAGCGCCACGCGAUUGAAAAUGGGCAAAAAGGAACUGGCCUUGGAAGAUGCCGAGGCUGCCGUCGCAGCACUACCUUCCUUCGCCAAGGGAUACUUCCGCCAAGGCCAGACGUUGAUCGCGUUGAAGAAAUAUUCGGAGGCUGUCGACGUUCUUACAAAGGCCGACUCGUUGGAAGCUGGAAAUGCGAGUGUGUUGAAGGCACUUGCGGAAGCCAAAGACCUGCAGGCGAAGCACGCGUCGUCCACCGCGGCGGCGGAUGAGCGACCGGUGUCCCCAAAGAAACGUACCAUCCACAACGCGCCUUCGUUCCCAUCUUCGACCUCCAAAUCAGGAGCGCCACCAGCCAAGUCGGCUCAUGUUGUGGUGGAGGAUGGCGAGGAAGACCUCAAAGGGGUCCGAGGAUACAAGAAGCUCGCCGACGGCCGCGUCACGACCUUCUUCAACAACGAGCUCACGGCCGAAGACAAGGCGCUGAUUGGAAGCAUCGCCCCGCAAAAGAUCGACGACGCCCAAGCGGUCCAAAUCAAAAACGUCGAGGGCGGGUCGGCGUGGAACCAGGGCAAUUCGUUCGAGGAAAAGGACUUGUCGGCGUUUGCGCGGGACCGCGUGACGCAGCUGAUCCAGGGCGUCCCACCGCAACCGUUGACUUUGGACGGUACUGCGGGGUUGCUGUCGAUCAAGGAGGUCAAGGACAUGGCCGGGGACGCGUCCGUGGCGGUCGUGCGCGGCGCCAAGCGGUACAUUUUCGACUUGGCUUUCACCGUGGACGUGACGUGGACGCCCACAGACGCCGUCGUGUCGCCGCUCCAAGCGACGGUCAAGUUCCUCGACAUGAGUUCCGACAGCGGCGGGGACUACGAUGUACGAACGAACGAUGAUGCAUCUCCCCCAUGUGUGUUGAUUACUGUACUGGUCUAUGCUUAGGUGGAAGUGGUGGUUGCAGAGCGCUACUCGCACCCAAAGGGCAAGGUGCUGCAUCAAUCGUUGACGUCCAAGGCCGCCACGAGCUUCCAGCGCCUCUUGUUUGAUCGCCUCCAAGUGUUUGUCGCGGAAUUCCAUGCGAAUUAACCACUUACCACGCCCAUUUAACUGUUAAAGAUAAAAAGGCCCAGCGUGCAUGUAUUAACUCAUGAGCUGGCGCCACUGAAACAUGAGCGUCACCGACAUUGCAGUUGAAGGGGUCGUCAAUUCGGUCGUAUCCGGAUGCGGCGGUUGCAGUGCAAACGACUCGGUGAUCGCGUUCUGGCUGGUCGUCAGCCGCUUCCGCAGCUCCAGCACCGACAGGGUGACCGUCCCGAGGCUUUC